AGUAAUGACGGAAAAAAAAACCAUUUGGUACGGUAGGUAAGCCAAAAUGGACAAUAUAAGGAGAUAGAAUAGAAAUGCCCCAACUCCAUCAAACUCCAUAGAAAAAACACUAGGCUAAUUAUUAAGGAAGAAAAAAAAAGGAUGGGUUCGACGACCGGAAAUGAGAGGGAGCCGAGGACCGGAGCCGAACCGGACGACGAGGGAGCCUGCUUAUUCGCGAUGCAGCUGGCCAGCGCUUCGGUUCUUCCCAUGGCACUCAAGGCAGCCAUAGAGCUGGACCUUCUUGAGCUGAUGGCCAAAGCCGGACCGGGAGCGGACGUUUCCCCGUCCGAGCUCGCGGCUCAGAUCCCCGCCGCUGACAAGGAGGCCGCCGCCGUCAUGCUGGACCGGAUUCUCCGGCUGCUCUGCACCUACUCCGUACUGAACUGCUCCCUCCGGAACCUCCCGGACGGCGGCGGGGUGGAGCGUCUGUACAGCUUGGCGCCGGUGUGCAAGUACUUGACCAGGAACGCCGACGGCGUCUCCAUGGCGCCGCUCUUGCUUAUGAACCAAGACAAAGUCCUCAUGGAAAGCUGGUAUCACUUAAAAGAAGCGGUGCUGGAUGGCGGGAUCCCGUUCAACAAGGCGUACGGAAUGAGCGCAUUCCAUUACCACGGGACCGACCCGAGAUUCAACAAGGUGUUCAACCUCGGAAUGUCCGACCACUCCACCAUCACCAUGAAGAAGAUUCUCGACGACUACCGCGGCUUCGGCGGCCUCAAAUCCCUGGUGGACGUCGGCGGCGGCACCGGCGCCACCCUCAAAAUGAUCCUCUCCAAACACCCCCACAUCAAGGGCGUCAACUUCGAUCUGCCCCACGUCAUUCGCGACGCUCCCAAUUUUCCCGGUAUCGAGCACGUCGGAGGAGACAUGUUCGAGAGGGUGCCGAGGGGCGACGCCGUCUUCAUGAAGUGGAUCUGCCACGACUGGAGCGACGCCCACUGCCUGAAGCUCCUGAGGAACUGCCACGCGGCGGUGCCGGAGGACGGGAAGGUGAUCGUGGCGGAGUGCCUCCUGCCGGAAGCGCCGGACGCGUCCCCGGCGACGAGGAACGUGGUGCACAUUGAUGUGAUCAUGCUGGCGCAUAACCCCGGCGGGAAGGAGAGGACCGAGAAGGAGUUUGAGGCGCUCGCUGUGGCCGCCGGCUUCCGGGGGUUCCGCAAGGUCUGUUGCGCGGUUAACACUUGGAUUAUGGAAUUCUCCAAGUAGUCGAUUCCAUUUCACGGUCUUUAAUUUGAGCUUAAUCUGGCCCUACACGUGUAGUUUUUUUUAUUUAUCUGAUUUGAGUGUAUUUUUUGUUUUUUCUUACCAAUAAGCCUUGUCAUCGUCUCAUCUUUUAAUAAGUUUCUCUUCCUCUCAUCUAAUGAGAUUGGUUUGAGUGUAACUAGUAUUUUAAUCCGUGUAAUGUACGGGAUGAUACGAAAUUAUUUGUGAUUUUACUAUGCGGAGUAUUAAAAUGACUUAGAUUUU